AGUUAAGCCUUAAUCUUUGACGAAAAAGAGUAUGUUAUAGUUAAGUCUUAAUCUUUGACAAAAAAGAGUGUUAUAGUUAAGCUUAAUCUUUGACAAAAAAGAAAAAAGAAAGUUAAGUCUUAAUCACAUUAAUCGUUGUUAUCAUUCAUUCAUAUUGAGGUAAAUUAAUCUUGUUUAGAUUCUUUUUGUUUUUGUUUUCCGGUCAAUACUCAAAAAAGAUAUUUCCUCUUUCUUACUCCACCCCACAUCUUGACUGAAUAAAUACGUCACAAAGAAAGCUUUAACAACUACACACUCUCACACUUAUUUUCUCUUGUGAUUAUCAUGUUUCUCCUCUCCAUUUCUUAACUUUACUGAAAACACAAAUAUUUUAAUAGAGAUAAGGAGGUAAUAGUAAAUGACAGAUCAGAAUCCAAGAAUCAUCGUCGAGAAAAACCCAUCUCAAGAUCGUCUUGACGAACUGAUGUUCAAGUCAUGGCCCAAGUGGGGAUGUUCACCAGGGAAGUACCAUUUGAAAUAUGAAGCAGAAGAGAUAUGUUACAUUGUGAAGGGUAAAGUUAAGGUUUACCCUAAAUCAUCAUCAUCAUCAACAGCAGCAUCAUCGUCAUCAUUGGAUGCACAAGUAGAUUGGUAUGUAGAGUUUGGAGCAGGUGAUAUCGUCACUUUUCCCAAGGGACUUUCUUGUACUUGGGAUGUAUCUCUCUCCGUUGACAAACAUUACAUAUUCCGCCACAAUUAGUUCUUCACUUUGAUUCGUUACUAUUGUUGUAUUUUGUGUUCUUUUUGUUUGGGUGUUUAUAUAGUAAGAAAAUUUAGACUUGUGUGCAUUAACAAUCACAUAAUUAAACAAGUAUUUCACAA